UGAUGAUUGAUCAUAAAAUAAUUUGUUUGUUUAAAUUAGUCUGUUAUUUUUAAACUACAAGGUACACUAAAGUUUGACCAUGAGUUUGAAAGGUAUUUCUGAAGACUUAAAAAAACCAACUGACAGUAUUAGUCCAGAAACAUUACAGGAGAUAGUCACUGCAUUCAAAAGGGAAAAUGAUAUUGACGAAGAGUUGAUGAACAAUAUUUUACUUGCAAUAUGGAAUCAUCUUACCAAAGGAUUUACUAACUUUGAUAACCAGCUACUUUGCUCUACAUCAUUCUUCUCAGUGUUGAGCAAAUCAAAAACAAAUGAAAUAUACAUAAAACAGAUGAAGGAUAUAAUAAGUGAUCAAAUUCAAAACGAAGAAAAAGAAAAGCUUCAAGCUAUCUCAUUGAUUUAUGGCAUAUUUCAAUCUUCAUAUUUUAUGAACAAACUCUUGUUAGAACAGAACAUUGAACAAUUAAGUACACUUUUGCAGUCAGCUUUUCAUCUACUUGUAAAUAAUGCAUAUGAAUACUCUCAGUACACAUUUAUAACAUUCAAAAUAAUGACAGCCUUUAAAAAGGUAAUAGGGACGGGUGUAGAAAGUGUUAUAUUCAACAAAGACAACCAAGUGAAGUUACUGAGAAUGGUCAAUAAUAACUGGGAAAAUCCUAUAACAGGUGUAAGAAACUUGAACAGGAGAAUAUUUAAAAAUAUACUAUUUUUUCUCGACAAGCAAACGUAUGAGGAACUUCUGAGUGACAUUAACAAUAUUUACUGGAACAAAGCAAAGUAUUUAAUGCUUGCUGAAAUUGUUGAACAUUAUGAUGGCGAUGUUAAAACUUUGGUGGAGAAUAAUGAUUGGGUGAAAGGAGUCACAGAGAGCUUAUACAAACCAGGUUUAGUUUCAGCUGGGUCUGAUAUGUAUUUUGCGAUUCUAAAGAAGAUAAAAAAUGAAGAUGAUUGGAUUAAGUUAUUUUUAAAUGACAUAACUAAAAUACUGUGUGGCGAAAAUAUGAAAGCCAUUGAAAACUUUAGUAACUACUGGUGUUUGGCAACACUGAAAAAAUUUACAAUACUGUCAACAACAUUGAUUCGUGAAAUAGAAGAUACUGAAAUUUCAGACACAAUACUUUACAGUUCCUUAUGUGUAUUAAAACAUGGAGUUAAGCUUGGUGUAAUUUCUAAGGGAGAUAUUGUAUUGGAGAGCUUAAAACAUUGUAAACCUUGCAUCAGAAUAGUUGCAUUUGAAAUAUUGUGUGUCAUAGAUAAAUCUUUGCCCAGUAAAAUACAAUAUGAAAAUGUUUUAAAUUUUUUAUGGGAAAAUGUAAAUUCUGAUUGUACUGUGCUUAGAGUAUGCAUGUUGAAUAAUUUGGGAACUUUCCUAUCUAAACUACAUGUUUUGUUUCUACAUUACAACAACAAUAGCAACGAAAACAGCAUAAUACUCUUGCAGUCAUUCUGUAAAGAUCUUCAAAGGUUUAUUGUCAAAUCUUUCAACUAUGAUGGAAACUACCAGAGAAAAAUCACAACCGUCCAACUUACACAGAUAAUUUUAAAGAACUUAAAAAGUGUUCAUCAGAAAAACAAAGAUAUCAAGAAAUCUAAAAUGUCACUGAUGGAAUUCUUGCAAAAACAUGGUGUAUGGUUUUUGCAUGAAAGAGACUUUCUUAUGAAACUUAUUAAUUUGUUGAAGGAUUCAGCAAGUGACAUACAUGAAAAUGUUGCCCAAAUACUUAUACAAUACUACAUUGAUGAUAUUUCAGACACAACUACACUAAAUGAGUUAAUAGAUGAUGCGAUUUCUUGCAUCAAUAGCAAAUUCUUUUACGAAAUUAGUUGUGGCCAGAUAAUAUUUAAAUUGAUUGCAAAUAUAUUGAUGAAUAGAGAACUAGAAACAAAAUUUAAAAAUAUAGAAGAUAUUCUUAAUUUUGCAUUGCGAGUGUUGUUAGAAGAAUACAGUAGUCAAAAUAUUAUAGCGUCUAUAGAAAAUGGGAAACAACUGCAUUCAUACAUUAAUAUAAUUCAUGUUAUUUUACACACUUGCAGGCAGAGAUCCUAUAAGUUAAAUGUACCAAAUGAGACUAUGUAUACUUUGGUUGAUAUUUUACAAUAUGUGUCAAAUCAAUUUGCCUGGGAAAAAGAGUCUAAGAGCUCUGAUUUUUCAAGAAUGAAUGACAUGGUGCAAAGUCUGAUUACAACUUCUGGUUACGAUUAUAAGAGCGACGAUGAAACAAAGAUUUCAGAUCAGUAUCAACUUGUUCUUAAUUGUUUAUGGUUGAAUGUCAAGGCAUCCUGCGAUUUAUCAUCACUCCUAAUUCAAUAUUUUGAUGAUGUGACUGCAUGCGAGAAAUGUCUGUAUACAAUAACAAAUGUGCUAGAAACUUCUAGACAUAAAGGAGCGAUAGAGGCCGCUGGUGUCGCCAUUGGCAAUGCAAUACGCUAUUUGACCAGUUUACCUAAAGAUAGUAAGCUAUCAGCAUUACCUAUGUCUUUACUGAAGAAGAAGUUGAAAGAAUUAAUUUCUGAAACUAGCAACACCAUAUCGAUAACAAGACGUGGUGCCGGACUCUCUAUCAUGGUUCACAGGAUUGUUUCUAAUGACAACUCUAAAGGAAAACCACUUUUCCAUUACUUCAUGAAUAUACUGCUUUCAACUUGCAAAAGUAAUCUAGCAAACGACAAACAGAAUGUUAACAAGGAAGACUUGCCAAAGGCAGUGUAUAUACAUUUUCUGACAAAAAUAGUCAUGGACAGUAGUUUGGUGUCUGAUACAAUGUAUUAUGCUACUGAGUUAGGAGAAAUAGCUUUCCAAAACCUUACCGAUGAGCAUUGGCAAAUAAGGAAUGCGGCAUUGCAGCUUUAUGGUGCUUUGAUUCCAAAAUUAAUUGGUCAGAAAAAAUCAUGUGGGGCUGAGGAGGAAAGUGUAAUAACUGUUGCCUGCGAUGAAUUCAGGACCCACUUCCCUACUCUGUGGAAGUACAUCCUCCAAAGAGUUGAAACUCAAGACAAAACUGAUAUACUACAAUCACAUUCUAAUCUAGUUCCAAUUUUAAAUAUUUUAUCAAAUAUGGGCAGAAGAUAUGCAUUUUCAUGUGACAAAAACCAAAACGACCUUAAAGUUUUGGCUGUUAAUCUCGUAAAAUUGUUGGAUAGUCCCAUUUAUAUUGUAAGAAGACUUACUUCAAGGGCCAUUGUAAAUAUAUCAACACCAGAAAUUUUGGAGCAAAUCAAAGAAAUACAGUAUUUGUCAGAGAAUUUCAGACAUGGAUUGCUGUUGUUAGUGACAGAAUUUGAGAAAUAUGACUACCACAUUGAAAAACAAUAUGAGUUGAAGCAAAAAUUGAAACCUAAUUCCUUUUUAUGUAAACUAUAUUAUGAUGAAUUGUUUAAUAAGUACACUUUUGAUAAUGUGGACACAGUAAAAAAUAUUUUAAAUGACAUGCCUAGUAAAAGAUAUGCUCCAGGAUAUUUUUUUUGGUUGAACAAAACAACUGAAAAGUACAUUGAGAAUACAUCAUGGAAUUAUAUUCCAGAAUUAUUUAAAACCCUUGAAAAUUAUAAUGAAUUUGCAAACUGCUGUCAAAUACUGCUUAAAAGGUUGAAAAAUGGUUUCAGCAUACCUAAAGAGAUUAUAUUGGAACUAACAAAUAAUUUAUUAAAUAGUACAAAACAACAUAAUGUUUCAUCAGUCUGGGAGUUUUUAUAUCACUUGUCAUCUAAAUUCGAUUUACACAGAAACAUAGAUAUCAACAUUUUAAUGACACAUUUGCAAAGCCAUAAUUUAUACAGUAUAAGACACAUUGUCCCUUUGGCUACAAGGAUUUGUGUGAAAAAUAAUGAUAUGAUUAAUCUACAUCAAAUAAUGAAUGUUAUCAACAGUUUAAGUAACCCAGAAACCUCAGAUGUAGACAUGAGAUGCAUAUCAGCAAUAGCUAACAAUGAAAUUGCUUAUGAUUUUAAUAAUUUAUUAGAUGAUAUCAAAAUUGUGAGUCUAAAAACGGCAAUAUCAUUACUACAAGAUGAGGAUGAUGAUAUUAGGCAUCUAAGUUCACACUUUUACAGUAAUAUUGUCAAUGAUAAGAAGGUACUGAACCCAUUUAUAUGCAUGAACAAAAUUAUGGGUGCAGAGUUCCUACAAGCUACUUUCAAAGACCCAACAACCAGCAUAUUAAAAGUAUGCCAGGAUUUGUCAUGCUUAAUCCAACCUUGUUCAAACGACUCAAACAAAUUUAAUCCAUUUGCAAGUGAUUCUAAGAACAUCUACAUGGAAAAUAAUGUAUUAAAAGAGUUAAUGGAAAAUCUUACUUGUAAAAAUUAAAGGUUCUUUGUAAUUUUUCA